AUGUGCCACUCUUCCACACAGGGCUGCACAGAAAUUCAAGAGCUGCUCCAUGGCCGAGGUUCUCGCCGCCCUGCAGCCCAACUGCGCCACGUCAGCUCUCUGUCCCUGAACCGGAGCCGCUAUCCGCGGGCAUGCUGCCAAGCGCGAGAUUCCUCCAAUUCCCAUGGCCUCACAGAUUUCGUGUGGCCUGGUGACCUGCUUGGUGCCGCUUGGGCCAUACGCUCAAUUGCACGUUGGUCCGUGGCGCAGAGCCUGGAAUUUGUUUGCGCGAGCGGAUUCCACCAGAACAGCACAAACUUGCUUGCCCCAGUGCGGUAUCUGCAUGCCAAGCCCUAG